AUGGAUAGGGUGCGAGAGUUGACCACGGAGCUGGAGGCCAUCCCCGGGAAGAUGGAAGCCCUGGAUCGCGAGAUAGCCAGGGCGGAGCACGCGGCGACGGAGCGGCUGGUAGUCCGGCUUGGCUUUGACGUCGAGGCGCUGGAGAGGGAAAAGAGCGCCGACGACGACCGCAUCCGCGGGCUUCAGGCUGAGAUGACGGAGGCGGCGGGGAGCAACGAGGACCGCGGGGGCGACGGCAGCGGCAGCAGCGACGGGAGCGAGGCGCUACAGAAGGAGCUCUCGCUUGCCCUGACGGGCCUGGCGGAGGCGUCUGCCGAGGUGAGGCUGGAGAAGGCCGCGCUUCGCGAGAAGGAGGAGCUCAACGGGAAGUGGCUGCAGAUUCUCGACGCCGCCAGGCGCGAGCGGGUGGAUCUGGAUGCGAAGUCGUCGGCCCUGAGGGGCAGAUGCGCCGUGCUCAAGGAGAGGAGGGGGCGGCUGCAGCAGGAGGUGGACCGGAGCCGCGCCCAGUUGUUCACGAUCGCGGCGGACGGUGGAAGCGUUCCCAACGGCAGCGGUGCCGACGGGGCCCUGAGAGCCGCCCGCCGGGUGCUAGACGACCACCAAGAGUCCGUGAAGCGCGCAGAGUCACGCCGCGCAACCCUCUCGGCGAUGGUUUCGCGCGCGGAGGCGGAGGUCGAAGAGCGCACCUCGCAGGUCACGGCGGCCAAUGCCUUGGUCGACGAGGUGUGGGGGAAGAUGAGGCAGAUCGGGUCGCCGCUGCGCACGGCUGAAGACGCCGAGAUGUACCUUCGCGGCGUCAAGGACCAGCGAAGCAUCCAGCGGGAGCGCCAGCUAGACCUCUCGAGAGCGCUAGAAUCCUCGCGGCAGAGCCUGGCUGCGGCCAGGCGUCGCGUCGGCGCGCCCCAGUGGUGCUCGCAGCUCGUCUACAGCGGCGGCGGCGGCGGCGGUCACCGGGGCUUCUUGUUCGAGGUUUUCGAGAUCCGCCGAGGUCUUGGCGACGAGGGUCAUCUUCAGGCGUUGGCGUCGCUCCUAGCGGGUUCGCUGUCGGUGUGGGUGUGCGAGUCCCCGCAGCACGCGGACCAAGCUCUCGACCUCGCCAAGUCCAACGCCGCCGGCCUCAGAGUUUGGCCAAUCGCGCGCCUGAAAGCCGCCACAAGGGCAAGCCGGGGGCAGGGGCGGAGCGGUCGGGUGCGGCAGGCCCUAGAGUGGGCAGAGCGAAAGUGGCCGGGACAGGGAAAGGUGACAGACCCAGCGUCUCUCCUCGCUUGGGACGAAGAAGACGAGGGCGUCACCGCUGCCGUUGACAAGGCCUUGGGGACGUGGGUCAUCACGGCGGACGAUGACACGAGCGCUCUAGUCCUGGACGAGCUCGGGAUGAGUAGCGUGACUUUGUCGGGUGUCCGUCACGCCCCUGGAGAGGUGGUCGGGGGGGCGGCACAAGGGGAAGGGGCGAGACUGAGAGCCAAGCUUGACUGGGAUCUCGCGAACCAUGCCAGGAGGGAGGGAGAGGCGUCGCUAGAGGCAUGCGUGGAGGCGUGCAGAGAUCUGACCCGUCGGUUAGAAUCGGGCACGGAGCUUGCUGGGCUGCAGGCAAGGCGUACCGCGCUCAAGAAAGAAGCCAGCGAGUGCACCGAGCGUCUCGCGGAGAGCCAGAGGAAGGCAGCGGGCGCGCGGCAGAAACUGGAGUGGGCGGACUCAGAGAAGGACAGGCUGGAGAAGGAGGCCGAGUCGAUGGGUCAACAGCCAGGGAAACAAGCCAACCCGGAGGAAGUCGUCUCGGCGAUGGGAAAAGCGUUGGAGGGUAGGCAGGGGGACCUCUACACCACCAAGGCGGCGUGCGCGCAGAUGGACAAGGAGAUUGGAUCCCUUGCGGAAGCCAGCAUGGAAGCUCUCGAGCGGGAGAACAACGCGAAGGAAGCGUUGGGCAUGCACCCCGCCGCCACCGCUCACAACGACGAUGGCACUGGAGGCGUCGAAGACGACGACGACGACGAGGGAGAGGACGAGAGGGAGGAGCGCAUGAUGGGCGCAGGAAGGAGCGGUGACGGCACUAGUGGCGGUGCCGGCGGCGGCGGCAGCGGUGGCAGCGGAGCUGCUGGUUCUUCCUGCUGCCGUGACGGGGGAGGGGUAGAAGAGGAAGAAGCGGUGGUGCCGGCGGGUGUUCGCGACCGGCUGUCGGCGAUGAAAAGCGCUCUCGAGAGAAAGAUCUCCCGCGUGGAAGAGCUGGAGCGACGUCGUGACGAGCUGACCGCACGUCUCGACGAGGCUAACGCAAGGGAAGAGGGAGCCGGAGAGAGGGCCUCCAAGUUGGAGGAAGAGAUGGCUGACGCCAAGACGACUGCAGCAGAUACGGGGGCCCGCCUGGAGGCGAAGCGCAAGAGCUUGAAGGAGUCAGAGCGCCGCAUGCACCAGGCGGCAGCGAGACUGGGAGGAGAGGACCUUGCCGGACCCGACGGCACCGUCAGCGGCGGCAGUUGUAGCGGCGGCGGCGGCGGCGGCGGCGGCAGUGCCGACCUCCCCGAGGCGUCGUCUUUUGACCCCGCUGUGAGGCAAGGGGCGUCGUCAGCGGCGAUUACUCCGGCUGCGGUGGCGGCGGCAGCAGGAGGGGUGACGGGCUGGGAGGGCACCGACGACGCGCGGGGCAAUGACAAGGAGAAUUUUCCGGCCCAGCUGUCCGAGGCGGAGCUGCUAGGCAAGAAGCACCAACUAGCGGCGAAGCAAAAGCUGCUCUCAACCGAGCUGAGAGGCCUCCGUCGCCAGUCGGGCCAACGCCAGCAGCACCAGCAUCAGGAGGAGGGGCGUCCAGCGAGCGGGAGCGGGGCCGCGGCGGCGGCGGCGGCGGCGGCGGUUGUGGUGGCCGGCAGCGUGGACGAGGUCACCGUGACGAAAAGGAGGGCCAAGGUCGGCAUGUUGAAGCAACAGCUGAGGAGCGUUCUGGAAGGCACGCGUCAGCUAGAGGCAGGAGUGGUCGCUUGCGAAGGCCGCAUGCACGAAGCAAACGAGGCUUGCUACGCUUCCGUUCGGGGGGAGCUACGGUCCCUGUUCGGCGCGCUCUGCCGUAACAAGAGCGCCGAUCUCGUCAUGGCCGGGCCGAAGCUCGAGGACGGGUUACGUCUAGUGGUCCGGAACGGCAACACCCAGGCAGCCGCCGCCGCCGCCGCCGCCGCCGCCGCCGCCGCCACUACUACCACAACACCGUCAUCGGCGGUGGCGGGUGUGGUAGAGCGUGCCCCACAGGAGUUGAGCGGAGGCCAGCAGGCGUUGCUGGGGCUGGCGCUCGUGCUGGCCCUGUCAUCGUAUCAGGCGCCGCCGCUGUGCCUCCUCGACGAGGUGGACGCCGCCUUGGACGAGACCAAUCAGGCGGCCGCGGCGCGCCUGGUGGCGCUGACCUUCCGGGAAGGGCAGGCGUUGUGCGUGUCUCACCACGCCGAUUUCCACCGACAGAGCGGCCACUGCGUCCCCGUAGAGAUGCGUGAUGGAGUUUCCAGGGUGCAGACGCCAUAG